GAGAGAGAGAGAGAGAGAGAGAGAGAGAGAGAGAGAGAGAGAGAGAGAGAGAGAGAGAGAGAGAGAGAGAGCGGACUUGAAUGAAGCGGAUUCACAGAGGCGGCUGAAAAACAACCUUACCGGCUGGCAUUUCGUCGUAUCGCCGUAUCGUUGUCAGGGAGAAUACAAGAGAGGAAGAAAGAAAAAACAACCCGUAGAAAAGAAGAUAACGUACUUGGUACAGGAACUUAUUACUGUCUCUCACUGGACCCAGGGGAGAGUGGGACUAGCCUGUGUAGCCCCGUCCAUCCUGCAUGUCAGUCGAUGCAGUCUCUCUGAACGCUCUUUCCAGGAGUUGUGCACAUUCCAGUAACAGCGUGUGAUGUUCAGAUGCAGAGAUGACCACUAAUAAAGACCUCUUGAUGGACGGCCAGUCCGCCGCCGUGUUUAGUGCAAAAGGCGUUGACAUAACUCCCAAUAAAGACAGAGGCGUGCUCAAGAUCGUGAAACGUCAGGGUGUCGAUGGAGCGAGGCCGAUUAUUGGGGACAGAGUGACCAUCCGCUACACCGGCAAGCUGCUCAACGGGAAGAAGUUUGACUGCAGUGUGGAACGCAAGGAGUCCUUUUACUUCAAUGUUGGAAAUAGACAGGUCAUCAAAGUGUGGGAUAUAAGUGUGCUGUCUAUGCAGAAAGGAGAGGUGUGCACCAUACUAUGUAAACCAGAGUAUGCCUAUGGGUCUACUGGGAACCCGCCCAAAAUUCCUCCAAACUCAACACUACUGUUUGAGGUGGAGCUGCUCAGCUUCAGAGGAGAGCCGCUAACAGAGGACUGCGGCAUUAUACGGAGGAUCAAGGUCAAAGGGGACGGGUAUACUAAUCCCAAUGAUGGAGCAACUGUUGACGUGCACCUGGAGGGUAGCUGCAGGGGUCGGCUGUUUGACUCCAGGGAUGUCCGCUUCGUUGUAGGCGAGGGGGAAGAUAAGGGUGUUCCUCUGGGAGUCGACCGGGCCAUGGAGAAGAUGCAGAAAGGAGAGUGCUGCGUACUUGACUUAAAACCCAAGUAUGCUUUUGGAAACGAGGGUAAACCAGAACACAAGAUUGGACCAAAUGAAGAAGUUAUAUAUGAGGUUACCCUGAAAGACUUUCAGAAGGCCAAGGAAUUCUGGGAAAUGGACUUGAAUGAGAAACUGGAUUUGGCUGCUUCCAUUAAGCACAAAGGGAAUCAAUAUUUCAAGGCAGGGCGGUUUCAGCAGGCAGUCAUCCAGUAUCAACGCAUUGUUUCCUGGCUGGAGAUGGAGUGCGGGGCCGGGAGAGAGCAACAGAGGAAGGUCCAGGAAUUUCUGUUGAUGUCUCAGCUCAAUCUAGCGUUGUGUUUCCUGCGACUCAAGGAGUUUUCACAUGCGGUAGAAAACUGCAACAAGGUGAUUGAGCUUGAUGGAAAAAACGAGAAGGCCCUGUACCGUCGCGGCGAAGCCAGACUCCUUCGGAACGAGUUCAGCCUGGCCAUGGCGGACUUUCGGCAAGUGCUGCAGGUCAAUUCCUCGAAUCGGGCAGCUCGGGCACAGAUUUCCACCUGCCAGCGCAAGAUCAGGGAACACGAUGAACAGGACAAGAGGAUCUACGCCAACAUGUUCCAGAAAUUCGCAGAACACGACGCCAAGGCUGGGAAGAACAAGCGACGGAAGGAUGAAAGUGUGAAGAGUGAUGAAAACAGCAAAGUGGGCAACAAACGGCGGCGGAGGAGUCAGGACUGUCCGUGAUGGCAACGAACACCGACGGGGAAAGGAAAGGCCGGCCUCCUUUCGCUUCCAGUAGAGAGGGAGAGCCGAGCGGUGGAGGUGGGAACGGAGUCGGUCAAAGUCGCUCCAAUCUGGACCUCUUGGUCCCAGAACUCAUCUCACCCUUCCUGCAAAUGACGCGGGGUGUGAGUAAGACAAUUUGCAAGCCAAACAGCAUUUCUGCUGCCCCCAGACUGUACAAUCACCAUGAUGUACCUCCAAAUGCAGUCAGUGCUGCACAAUAAGCGGACUGCGUGAAAGACAAUGAAUCCCAAUACACAACGGUAAACUCUGAAAUAUAUGUGUGAUCAGUUUUGGCCGCUUAUUUGUAAACUAAGUUUACUUAUUUAAUAACUUAAAAAAAAGAAGAUGCAAUUUGAUUGCCUCUUUGGCUGCUAUUCAGAGUUGAUAUGGAGUCUUCAUAGUGUGUAUUUUAUUCUGUACCUGCACGCAUUUAUAUUCAUAUUUCGAUCUGGUCAUCGGUGCUUAACUGCUCGCAUCUGUUGGGUUCGAACAAAACGGAGACGAGUCCGGGGAUGUUCGAGACUCCACUAUUUUGAGAAUCCCCCCCCCCCCCCCCCACACACACACACUUUAUUGUUGAUGUGCAAUAUCUCAUCCGGAUGAAAAGUGCAGUAACUUUGUUGUCUUUUGAAUUAUAAAACAUGGCCGGAUCUACUCCUCCGAUAUAAAAUGUUGCUCAGAAGCGGAUUCAGACUGUCCACGAGCGGCGGCGAGGUAGCAGAACACAGCCAAGAGAAUCUAAAAAAACAAAACAAGAAGAUGAAGCACAAUUUUGUAAAACUGUAAGACGGUGUCUACUUCUGGCUACUCUUGACCACUUUCAGUGAGUGAGUUUGCCUUGUUGUUUGUCAUUCAAAAUGUUCAUUUCCAUAUUUAGACCAUAACGUGCAGACAAGAAAAAGCAGUUAUGUUUAGCAGUUGUAAAGACAAUCAUUUAAUCUAAAUAUUUAACCUGUUUUUGUUUUUUUCCUACGAUGAUGUAAACCGUGGUUAUGUAUUAGAAUUAUUUAAUAACUUUAAAUAUUUUGUAAUGAACCAGGAUGGUAGGUCAGCCUAUUUUGCACUUACAAUUUAAAUAAUACAAAUACACUUUUGUGGUAACCCUCUAUGCUAUCAUGUUAAGGGAAAUAAUGGUGUUGGCGGUUGAUGCUGGAGAAGGGAUACUGGUAACACUUUAUUUUAGGAGUCAGGAAAUUACUAGUAAUAAGGUGGUAAUAAUCACGUAAUUUCUUAGAAAUAAGGUUGAAAUUACCUUGUAAUUUCCUAUACAGCUAACCCUAACCCAAAUUACAAGGUAAUUCCAACCUUAUUUCUAAGAAAUUAUGUGAUAAUUACCUUAUGACCCCCUAAAAUAAAGUGUAACCAGGAUGCUUAUAUAUCCUCAUAGAUGCACACCUGCACUGCAAAGGUGUGAAUUUGAACGACCCCCCCACCCCCACGCAUUUAAUGGUGUCUCUGGAAGAACCUACAGACCUACACGUAUAGGUCGGCCAACUCUGAAUAGGAGCCUUAGAUUUUGUAAAUCAUGCAGCUCUCAACCCGUCUAAUACAGGAAAGCGACGCAGCACUAUUGAAAAGCAGCCGCCGAGGUGACGGCGGCCUCGAACCACGCAGCCUAGGGCGUCCCCGCCGGGCAGCAGAAGGACCCCACACCUGCGUAAUCCUACCUUUGUAUCCUAAAGGGCAGGUGUUCCUGUACUGACUCAUCUUGCAUGCGACUACGACUCUUCUGUAUGCGCCAGCGUGAGGCGUCGAGCAAUCACAGCGACUCCUAGUAAAGCUUCAGAUAUGAAUCAUCAAAACCACAGUCCUCUCCGAGUCUAUUCCGCAGUCUUUGCAUUUUCCUCUGCAUUAUUUUUUGAAAUUAUGGUUUUGUGAUCCACUAGGCUGUUUUGACAGUUGUGUAGUUCUGUUUGCCUUAGUACAUACAAGUGACUCAUUUCAGCCAUUGAAUUACUUUCACCAUGCGUGGGUGUUAGAUUGUGGACAGAAAAGAAAGAAAGAAAGAAAAAAACAAAAAAAGCACUUUGGCUAAGAUUGUAAAACCACCGCUGUUGUCUUUUUCAUGGAAAGGACAUGGAAUCAGGCCGGCGUGAGAUCUUGGCUAUAAACCGCAAAUGUUUGCUCAACAUUGGCUGGUUCAUAAUCAAAACCUUUGGUGUCUUAAAAGUUUGUGUAAAAAGACUUGUACUGUACUUGGAAGAAGAAAAAAAACAAACAUCAACCCUGUGUGUGUGUGUGUGUGGGUUAAUAUUUUUGUCAAGGAACUUUGUCGGGAAUUGAAACCCUGUGUGACUUUUUGAAGAGAUGAUGGCAGUGUGUUAUAUAAGUUCUGUGGGCUAUAAACAUGCUGACAUUUUGUACAAUA